AUGCCCUUCCUGCACCUCGACCACUCACAGAGGACCUGGCAGGAUGUAGCUGAAGGCCUAGAUCCCAUUCACAGUGAGCUAAUUUGGGGUAGUGUGAGAAACGUGGCACAGGCACGUGUGCUGGAUGGAAACAGCUUAGAUAAGUCCCAGAGACGAAGAGCAGCUGAAAAGGAGCAUUUACUCAGCUAUAAAUUAUCCAAGACGAAGAACCUCACUGGCAGUACAGACAACAAGGCUCUAUACCUUCAUUGUGUCAAAUAUGAAGCACCUCCUCUCCCUACCAAGAAUGAAGAGAUCCAGAUGUUCGGGUAUUUUACGAAUGGUGAUUUUGUGGAGCUUCUUCUAAACAGUACUUACUUCGGUUGUCACCACAAACUCUCAGUUGGCCAUUUCUUUGAGGAGAUCAUGCGUAAUACAGAGGAGAGCUCUUCUCUAGUGGGAUCCAGGCUCCAUUGCUCCAGGCACCAGGCUCCAGGGCCUCUGUGGUGUUCCGAUGCCCCUCUCCCACUAACAAAGAUCCCGGGUGGGCGAGGGACUGGCAGGGAUCACUCUCUCGGUGUGCCUCUACACAAGGAUGAACAGUUGACAGUGACUCAGUCAGCACUGGUGAGUGGCACACCACCUAUCCUACACUUCCAGUACAAACUGAACGAACGGCGGACAUCCUGCUGGGACACAGUGCUCUCUACUGACUGUCUCUAUUUGGAGAUCCCUCCUGGUGCACUUCCAGAGGGCAGUAAAGAGGGGCUCACCAGUCUGCUGGAGUUUGCAGAGGAGAAACUGAAAGUCAACUAUGUAUUCCUAUGGUUCUGCAAAAACAGAGAGGAUCGAUUAUCCAUAACAAGGACUUUCCACUACAUGGGUUUUGAGCUAGUGAAACCGGGCCACCCUCUUGUCCCAGCUCGGACAGACCUCCUCUUCAUGGUCUACUCUAUGGAUCAUAGCAGCUCUGAUGAGGAAUAGCAUGACCCUGCUCCAUGAAGACCCUUCCUCUUCUUGCCCCUGUCAAACUUCUGCCUCCCACUGCUGCCUUUCUCCUCUUCCAGUCUUUCUCUCUCUAUACUCCCACCCACCUCCUUGAUCAGGGUGCUCCACACCAAAAAGUGACAUUUGAGGAAUGUUGGAGAACUCAAGGGAUUGGUUGAGUGUAUUUAACCAAUCGCCACAUUGGUCCAGACCUUCUUGCUGUCCCACCGAUUGCUGUUCAUUCUUGCUCGUCCCUCUGAACUGUCACACAGGAGAGUAUGUCAGCUGUUUUAUCUGGGGUGUUGGUUGGUGCUCAAAGAGAAAUAUAGCAUAUCCUGUGAUCUGUUGCACAUAACAUUACAUAAAGGUCUAUAAUCUUCCUAUUUAUACCAUGUCUUUUUUAUUAAAUACACAAUUAUUAUUGGUAAAGUUCAGUUACAGGAGCAACAAAAUGCAUGAUAAAACAUGAUAAUGUACACUUGUGAAGUAGUUCUACUCAUAGUGGCACAAUCACAGUUCUGUGUUACAGUGCUUUAAUUGCUUUUGGCAAUUAAAAACUAGCCCUGUUCCUUAUAUUGUACCAGGUGUUUGAAGUGAAGUUUAUGUAGUCAAUCAUAAAGUAAGCUAUUUUCCUCCAACACACCAACUAAAGUAACCUUUGCAAACUGUAGUAGCUUUGUUGCGAUCUAACAAAAUGAACUCAGUUACCAGAGAAACAUGAUUUCGGUCAGUCAUACGCAAGUGGAACAAGCCCAGUAUUGUUUUCUUGUUUGUUCUUUUAUAUUCAAUUUAUCACACCCCUUUGUCGACAGUGUGUUACUGUGUUUACAAAAAAACGUGAUGUAAGGGGGAAGAAAAAAAAACUCCAGGCUGAGUGACUGCAUGAAAAUAAACCACAAGUGCAUGGUUCAUUUUCAUGCACCGUUUUGUCUUUAUGUGCUCUUAACAGGCAUUGGUUUAGGGAAAUGUAACGUAUAUAAGGGAAUUUAGUACUAUAGAUUGUGAGCUAUGUCCCUGAAGUUUUGUUUUUGGGAAAUGAUAACCAAGCCGUGUUUGCGUUUUAUGUUCUGAGAAUCCUCCCUUGUUUAAUGCAGUAGCGUUUUCAUUAGUAUUUUGUGUGUCCUCAGGGUUUUUCAGCUCAGAGUAACACACUCAGAAAAGCGUCAGGACAAAGCCCACUCAUUUUUUUUUUUCUUUUCAGACUAAGGUGGUCACAGCGUCGUCCUAUGGGAUGAUGAACUGUAGAAUGGCCACUCACAGACCUAGGCAACAGUCUCUCCUCUCACUGACUUUUAGUUAAGUUUAACUAAGUUGUCAGCCCGUAUGCCUAACCACAUUCAAAAUUCAUCUGACAGAAAAACUGAGGUCUUGGUGCAGUGACACUUUUACGGAGAGUGAAUCAUUCCAGUUAAUCUGAAUUUAUUUCUGAUGGCAGUGAGUGCAGACUUGGACGUAACCUGAGACAACAUAAUGCAAUAAACUUUGACUGUCUGAGCUGUUUUAUUUUAGUUCCAGCUCACCCAGUGUACCCUUUAAGUAAUUCUCUCAACCCCAAAGAGCAUUUCUCAAGCUACAAAGGAACAAGCCUUGUUCUUAUUUUUGAGGGUGUGUUUGGUAAAGGCCUUUUUCUGAACUGAAUAAGAGUGCAAUAUUCUCAUCCAGAUCAGUCUUCACUGUCCCAUACCUGCCCAGGAAGGGAUAGACAGAAAAGAACCUCCCCCACCCACACACUUGGGUCAUAGUCACUUUAGAUGGACACAUGCAAUGCAAGCUCAGGUGCAUUAUGGGUACACCACAGAAAGCUGUGGGCCACAACUUUGAGAUGUCUUGCAGUGUGAACAAACUUGAUGUGAUUGCCAAAGAAACGGUACCCAUUCAAUGAAAGUACAAUGUGUUUCCAAAUGCAAUGUUUUAAAAAAACAGAUAAAACUUGUUUCUCUGCAACCCAUUUAUAGGCUUUAGGUUAUCAGUUAGAUAACUACAAAAGCAAACACUCAGCAAUACAUUCCCCAUAGAUGAAGCCUCUGUCUUCAUGGAAACACUGUGCUGCCUGUGGAAUCAGCGUAGGUCUGUGCUUAACUUCCAUCCCUGGAUGCUCAGCCGGGGGGGGGGGGG